AUGGCUCUUAAUCUUUUAACAUUUUCAAUCUCCUUCUUUCUUUUAUUUGUAAUGAAGCCAUUUCCAAUUGUUGAGCCAAAAUUUUCAGAACAUUCAUUCACCAAAACACUUCGAAACUUAAGAGGUAUCAAAAAGGGACAAAGGAUGAGAGGCAUGAUCGAACUCAAGAGCUACCUCAACAAAUUUGGCUACCUAAACAACUAUUCUCACAACAAUCACUUCGACCAAAACGUGGAGGUUGCUCUUAAAGAGUACCAAGUGUUCCAUCACCUACGUGCCACAGGUCACAUGGAUGCCGAAACCUUAAGGAAAAUGAGCCUCCCACGUUGUGGAGUACCCGACGUUGUCACCCCACACGACAACCUUAAAGGGUUGGCAAUUCUUGCAAACUAUAGCUUCUUUCGAGGAUCACCAAGAUGGGAAGAAUCAAAGAGGGCACUAACCUAUAGAUUUGUGUCAAGUACUAACGUUUUGAGAAUGGAUCUUGUGAGGUUUGCAGUGAACAAUGCCUUCCAAAGUUGGUCAAGAGUGAGUGACUUCACAUUCACUGAGAUUCCAUUUCAAAAUAGUUUUAGUUCUUACUUCUAUCCUAAUUUUAACCCUAAGCCUAACGUAGCCAUAGGAUUUCACCGUCGAGACCAUGGAGAUGGGCACCCGUUUGAUGGGCCGGGUCGGGUUUUGGCCCAUACGUUUGCACCACAAGAUGGGAGGUUACACUUAGAUGCUGAUGAGUCAUGGAUUAGUGGCCCUAGAGGUGAAAGUAUCGAGUCAGGUGAGAAUGUGGGUUGGGAAUGGGUUUGGGGCUUGGGUUGGCGGAGAAAAGUGGCUCCAAGGGCAAGAAGUAGUGAAAUUGAUUUAGAAACAGUGACGUUGCAUGAAAUAGGUCAUCUUUUAGGACUUGGACAUAGUAGUGUUCGAGACUCAAUCAUGUACCCUAGUUACGAAGGAGUGAGAAGACAUUUAAGUAAAGAUGAUAAAGAUGGUAUAGCAGCUUUAUAUGGUUAUCAAAAUAUAACUUGA